UUUGUUCGAAAAGCCAAACCCCGCCCGGCAGCGGAAGGCGGCGGGGCCCGGCCGGCGGCACCUCCGGGGCGGUGCCGGAAGCGGCGGCGGCGGUGGAGGGGCCGCCAUGGUGUGCGACAAGUGUGAGAAGAAGCUUGGAACGGUGAUCACUCCUGAUACAUGGAAAGAUGGCGCAAGAAACACUACAGAAAGCGGUGGUCGCAAAUUAAAUGAAAACAAGGCAUUGACCUCAAAGAAGGCAAGGUUUGAUCCUUAUGGAAAGAAUAAAUUUGCAAUAUGUCGGAUUUGUAAGAGUUCUGUCCACCAGCCAGGGUCCCACUAUUGUCAAGGAUGUGCCUAUAAAAAAGGCAUCUGCUCGAUGUGUGGCAAGAAGGUCUUGGAUACGAAGAACUACAAACAAACAUCUGUCUAAUUGUACUGACUAGUCUUUUUAUAAAUUUUAGCUUCUGUGUCUUUGUACAGUAACUUUUCUCUAAAAUAAUUUGUGAAUAUUACUUUCUGGAAGAUAGUACUUGGAAUGAGAGGUAAAGACAGCCUGCUUGCCUAAAAUGUACAUAAUAUUUGAUUAUUGUUGUUUUAGCACUAAUAUUAACUGGUAUUUAAAGGUAAUGGCUUUCAGCAACUCUUAGAGUUCAGAGGGAAGGAGAAGAUGCAAGUGGAUAAGUUGAAACUAGAUUAUCAUCAGAACACAGAUCUUUGAGAUGAAUACUUUUUUUUUUCCUUAUCACAAGUCUUCUGCUUGUUUCAUGGUAAUGGUUUGUAGAUUAAAUACGAACUUGCAUCACCUCA